AUGUCACCUUCAACCCAAUCUAAGAUGCUGGUGGUACCGCCUGCACUCAAUUUACGUCGAGCCACCUCUUAUAACGCUCAGGAUCGUGGACCAAUCUCAUCAACUUCUUCGCGGUUCAACUUCAACCACUUAUUCUUCUCUCCUCCCGCGUCCCCGGCUCUUCCAGCACUGGUGCCCCGACCCCCGAAAAGAAAAUCGAGUCAAAUCUUGGUCACUCGGCCAAGCCGAGUCUUCCGACGACUUUUCCUCCUUGGCAUUUUGAUCUCGAUCACUUACAUCGUAGCUCUAGCUUUCCGAAACUCAGAUGUCAUUCCAACAUCAGUCUGGCCUUACUUCACACAAGAAGAAUUCGAGAUGGUAGGCCAGGAUGCCUUUCCAGACUUCCCAACACCUAUUCUUAUCAACGACAACAAUGGCUGCUCGAAGUGGACCGUCUUCAUACCACCAAACGGGGAGUUCCCCUUGACCAUGGACCAGUAUGCUGAAAUGGGCAGCCAGUGUCGAGAGGUUUCUUCGAGAGCAAGGGAUAUCCAUCACGAGGCUCCAAUCACAGAAAAGGCCAUCAUUAAUUAUGAUGCCAAAGAUGAAUACUACAUCGAUGUCUACGAAGCUGAAAGGUCAGGGCUUCUUACUCCUUAUAAGGGGAUUCGUGCCAAGAACAAGGGCAAGUUUGUUGGCGUUGAUAAGAAGCAACUGAAGCAUAAGCCAGUUUGUGAAAGUACCAUGACCUUCGUACUGGAGUCAUCAGAUGCUGGUCUAGGCAACACGCUUAUGACGCUAUGGACAUUUUACGGAUUGGCGAAGCAACUAAAUCGCGAGUUCUUCAUUGUCGAUAAACGUUGGGCUUACGGCCCUUGGACGGAGAUCUUUGAUGCUCCUCCCGUCCCAGAAUGCCGCCCACCUCCGAGACACCAUAUGGUUCCUUGCCCCUUUCAAGCUCGUCAUUUAGUUGUCUCGUCUGCAACAGCAAAGGAAGUUUUCCCGGCGCUGCUAGCUCAAAAUCACCGAGUUGCGGGAAGUGAAAACGGAUUACGGGAUCUCUUCGAACUUGCUCGCAUAGGAUAUGAGGACCUUUUCUUCCUCAACGAGGAUGAUCAAACAUACGUCGAUGGGCGUGUGACUGGAAUCCAGGCGAAGGCAAAGACAGAGGAUGCUCUCACAGCACAUGUGCCCAUUAUUGGACUUCACGUUCGUCAUGGUGAUCGGCAUCCGUUUGAGUUCCAGUACAGCGAUACUUACAUACCAGCCGAUAUCUAUCUUAAGCAAGUCGGACAUUAUGUUGAAGAACUCUACAACAUGACAGGUACCCAAGAUCCUAGUCAGCAACACUACAUCACUGUCCUAGCCUCAGACGACCCCACCGUUCAUGAAGAACCUGAGUUUUCCCAUACCCUUCUUUCUCAGGACCGAAUCCGUCUAGCUUCAAAGGGUGCUAUCGCUCGGGCCAACGGUAACCAGCAUUCGUUGAAGAACUUCGUUGAAAACUCAUUUGGAUGGGAAGGCGGUUUCUUUGCUCCCCUGUUCUGGAACCUUGGAGUCAAUAGCAAGAACAAUGCCGCCGAAGCACCUGCAGGGGUCAAUGUGGAGGAUGUGAAUGAGGAAGCCAGGCAUAUGGCGCCUCCAUCAGAAGAAACACUACGGCUCCGCAGUCUCGUUGGUCGAGCCUACAUGAUGGAUCUUGCCGUGCUCUCUGAGUCGAGCGAUAAGAUCGUGUGCACCGUCAGCGCCAUGGGGUGCCGGCUACUGGCCGUUAUGAUGGGCUGGGAGGAUAGCAUGGAAAAUGGUGGUUGGCACAACGUCGAUGGAUCCUACGGAUGGGCUGGGAUCGACUGGUGA